CACAAAAUAUCCCAACCUUAUCCAACUCCAAAACCCCUUCUUCUCCUUCAUGAAACACUAAAGAAGAAAUGGCGCUUUCGAAGUCACUGGUUACACUGCGUUUCAUCGACCAGCUUCACAGCCCAAACCCUCCACCUGAGACGGAGGAUUCAAGAUCAACACCGACUAACAUAAUCACCGAAGGAAAAAGAGGGAGGAGGAGGAGAAAUAUAGUUCUCAGCAUUACAGGAACAUCACUUGCUCAAGUGUUCUUCUCCCACCAAAUCUCUUCCUCUUCUUCUGCAAACGCCAUCGAUUUCUCGAACUUGAUUCCAGAGCCAGAGCCCGAACGCACUCUCCAGAGCGCACAGGAAGGGAUAAAGAAAAACGCGGAAGGUAUUCUCGGGACGGAGGAGAUGAUGACGGAGGAGAAACGGUGGAGAGAAGCGCAGAGAGAGCUGAGGAGAAGUGCGGGGAACAUGAAGCAAGACAUGUACAUCAUCAUCCAAUCCAAACCCCCCAAGGAAAGGCCUCUUCUAAGGGCUCUUUACUCCAACCUCUUCACCACCAUCACCAAGUUGGAUUAUGCGGCAAGGGACGAAGAUGAAGCUAAAGUGUCGGAGUAUUAUAAGAUCAUUGCUACGGUUCUUGAUGAUAUUUUCUCUAGGAUUUAAGUCUUGAGUACACUGGUUAAGGUUGUUGUCUCGACUAUGAACGUCAAUACAAUUUAUCUCAUCAUAUAUGAUUCAUUCAACCAACCGGUUGUAUCCGAACCGCAAAACUUGGACAAAUUCACUUGAAACAUGUAUGUUUGGUCUCAA